AUGAAGGCCAGCCCUUCGACCCGCACAGCCAAGGGAAGGUCACACGUGGUUCUGCAGAAAAACAAACAUGUAUACACCCCGUCCUUGGCACGACGGUAUCACGGUUUCUGCCCGUGGAAAGAAAGACCCAAUGGAGGGGCUUUGCCGGAGAUCGAUCGCAUAGUAGUUGACGAGCACAUCUCUUCCUGCAACGAUUGCUGCGAUGCGAGUCUCAAGAGGAAUGGAAGGGGGGACGAAGUUAUUUGCACCCGUUGUUUCUUCAACAGCUUCAUAAUAAAAAGGCGGCCUUGCCUAUUGCGGCUUGUGAAGAGCCAAAACCAAGACGACGGGCGGACAGAAUAUUCGUUGGCUGACUGCCGGGCCCUCCGGUACUGGAAGGAUCUCGAUUACUUGGACCAGGCGGCUGGGGAUGAGACAAUUGACGUGGAGGUUAGGGACACUAAAAUGCCCGACAGCUUCGGUGCGGAUUUUUACCGGUUCAUAUUUUUGGCAGAUCCAUUUACAGGAAGGAGACUCGGAGCUCUUGCGGGUGGGACGCCAACAGUUACUGACGGCGUUGAGUGGAAUUGCUGUGCUUCUGCAGGAAGGGGCCAGUACAAGCAACUCGGCUUCAGAGAAGUCUUAAAAAGACUAAGGGAAGGAGAUACCUCUCUUUACGUCAGCACACAACGCAUCGCUAGUGACAAAUAUGGUACAGUUAAUAUCUUCGGCUAA